GUUGAAGCCGUCGUAGCCGAGGAGCCGUCGCAGCUGGGUGGGUUCUUACCCUAAGGGAAAGUUCUCUUAUACGAAGAUCCUUUCUUCUCGACUGAUCGCCAUGUACAUCUGCUGGACACAAACUUUCGCGAGCAAACCCUUUGACGUCAUAUCCACUCACGCAAUAUAACACCUAAACGUCUUCAGCUGAACUUCCCUAACACCAUCCGCUAUAUAUCGCUAUGCUAAACAUCCGCUUGGCCAGAUCGACUUUGAUCUCUACCUCCAACAGACUGGCCAUGGGCGGUCUCCGCUUCGUAGGCACCGGCUCCCAGAUGUCGGACAACGAUCCUGCCAAACUCCAACGCGCGAAAGAGCGCCACCUCAAAGGCGAAGACAAGGACAAGCCCAUGGACGACGCUCCCGGGUGGAACGAGACCUUGGCGAGUACGAGUGAGGCGCACGUCAAGGCUGAUAAGGAGGAGGGGACUAUGGAGGAGUUCCAGAAGAAGACGGUGCAGCAUGUUUCGAAGAAGCACCAUGAGUAGGAUCUGACGAGGAAGGCGGAGGACCAGAGAGAGGAAGAGAAUGCGUGUAAGAGUACCGAGGGCUGU